AAAACCAAGCAAUGGCGCCGCCUUCCCCUUUCCGCCUUGCGCGAUCCAAACACGAGAGUCGGUCGACACUGAUCAUUUGCACGCUUUCUCUGUUCGUCGUCCACUGGGGCUCAAGCUAAUUAUCACAUGUCUUGUAGUUUCUCCGGCAAGGCUCGAAGUGCUCGAACGACGAUCCAAGCUAGGAGAUCGACACCUUUAAUCCCUCUAUCUAGACUAAGGCACGCAAUAGAGGUAUCAACCAUCAUUUCACUAGUUGCUUAUUUGGGAGUGCAAUGUUAGCUACUGAGACUGAAGGGAGCUACAAGUGGGCUUUAGAGAUAUCGAAGGAAAUGUUGGGUGGAAAGGACUUGCAUACAAUUGUAACAUAUGGGGAUAAAGCAAUGAGGAAUGCCAUUGUUACUGUGUUUCGAGAUGCAACACACCGGGUUUGUGCAUGGCAUCUUUCAAAGAAUAUCAAGGGCAAGGUGAAGAAUAGCCCAGACUUCAAACCCCAAUGGAGC